AUGAGUGUGAAUGAUGAGUCUCAGAAUCUGUCCAUGAAUGAAGAAGUAGGAGUUAGUUUACCAAGCAGUAAUGAAGUGCGAGGUAUGGCAGCUAGGAAGAAGAGGGCAAGGACAUCUGUGGUUUGGACAACGUUUGAGGAUUUUGAUGAGGGUCCCGAUCAAGGGAGACGUGCCAAAUGCAAAAAGUGCGGAACUAUACUCAAAUGUGACUCAGGAACAGGUACGGGUAGCAUGUUGCGUCACCAUAAUAAAUGUAGUAUUAGUGAUGUUGUCUCACCACAGUCUUCCACACGUUCUGAUUCGUUUAGUAUUGAUAGAUUCAGAGAGUUGGUGAUUGAGGCAAUUGUUAGACAUGAUUUGCCAUUCAAUUUUGUUGAGUAUGAGGGCAUUAGAGAUGUGUUUCAAUAUAUAUCUCCUCAACUUACACUCCCUAGUAGAAACACUGUUAAGGCUCAUGUCUUGAAGACGUAUGAUAGUGAAAAAGUGAAGCUUAAGAAUUUGUUGAGUUCAGCUAAAGGAAGAAUUAGUUUGACUGCUGAUUUGUGGACCUCUGUAGUUACUGAUGGGUAUUUAACUAUUACUGCACACUUUGUGAAUUCAGAAUGGAGAUUAGAAAAAAGAAUUAUUAAUUUUUGUCAUAUGCCUCCUCCUCACAAUGGUGUUGCAUUAGCUGAUAAGGUAUUUACCUUGAUUGGAGAGUGGGGAAUUGAAGAGAAGUUGUUUUCAAUUACCUUAGAUAAUGCAACAGCCAAUGACUCUUUUGUUGAGAAGCUAAAGAUGAGGUUGAAUUUCAUAGGCUUGCUUUUAGUAGAUGGCAAAUUUUUUCAUGUCAGAUGUUGUGCACACAUCUUGAAUUUGAUAGUUCAAGAUGGACUGAAAGAGAUUCACCCAUCUGUCACAAAGAUACGAGAAGGCAUCAAGUAUAUAAAGGGUUCAGAAGUUAGAAAACAAAGGUUUCUACAAUAUGUUUCACAAGUUGAUUUGGGAGGAAGCAGAAGGGGAUUGAGACAAGAUAUGCCAACAAGGUGGAAUUCAACCUAUUUGAUGCUUGAUGGUGCUCUCUACUAUCGUAGUGCAUUGAUGAACUUGGCAGUAAGUGACAGUUCUUUCAAGUGGUGUCCUUCAGAUGAGGAGUGGGACAAGAUUGAGAAGAUAAAUAAGUUUCUAGGGGAAUUUUAUGAAGUAACAGUGUUGUUUUCUGGAACAAAGUACCCUACAUCAAACUUAUUUUUCCCGAAGGUGUUAGUUGUUCAGCACAGUAUACAAGAAGCCAUUGCAAGUGAAGAUUCUUUUCUAAGCCGGAUGGGAAAAGAGAUGGAUUUGAAGUUUAAGAAAUAUUGGUCAGAUUAUAGCCUGAUUUUGGGGAUUGCAGUGGUGAUGGAUCCUCGGUUUAAGAUGGAGUUUGUUGAAUGGGCUUAUGAAAAGCUCUAUGGUCGAGAAUCUUCACAAUUGAAGGUUUUUACUGACACUCUAUCUUCUUUGUUUGGUGCCUACAAAGAAACCUCCACUCACCAAAGUUCUAGUUACCAUAUUCAUGAGAGCUCGUCUCAAAUACAAGGGAAGCCUUGUAUACUUCAGGAAUUUGAUGCCCGUUACAAGAGCGGUCAGAAUUCGAGUUUGAAGACUGAACUGAACAAGUAUUUGGAUGAAAUGGCUCGUGAUGUGUUGACUAUUCCUGUCUCCACUGUUGCAUCUGAGUCGGCUUUUAGCAUUGGUGGUCGAGUUCUAGAUGAGUAUCGGAGCUCUUUGUUGCCUGAGACAGUACAAGCUUUGUUAUGUACUCGGGAUUGGAUUUUCGGGAAGAAGAAAGAAAAGAAGAUGGUUGAGGUGGACGAUUUUUCCGAAGACAUAUUGGGUUUGAGAAUGCAUGAUCGAAUAGAGGAAGAAGAGAGCUUCACUUGA